AAUUUAUUUAGAAAAGAGAAUGUUUUCAUUCGAAAGGACUUAGUUAAAUAAUUUAUAUAAUAUUUGUAUAUAGCGCAUAGCGAUACUCUCCACAUAAUUAUUUAUUCAAUCCCGCAAAACGCAGUUAUGAGUAAUCAGGAAUGUAAUGGGGUGAAGGGUUAUCGCAAUCUCUCGAAUUCGGAGGAAGAGUGAAAAAAUUUCACGGGGACUAUCUGCAGUCGCCUCCGAGAAGGCAGUGCCCAGAAAGGAGGCUGUGAACUCACUUUAAAAUCAAAGUUACAAGAGACUUAUUAAAUUAAAAAUCAUAAUGGCAACUGUGCGUCUUCUUUUCUGCGUUUUCCUGGCGAUCUUCGCUCUCGCAAGCUCCACAUCAGAGUCUCAAACUGCCGCUGAGAACAUACGAUUUGUCUUUGCAAAGACCUUGUGCCAGGAUCAUCUGAAAUCUAAAACUGCAAAAAUGAUUGGGCACAGGAUAGGUGAGAAGCUUUGCGUGAAGCCGAUUCACUGUUACGACCCUGAGCGACAGGUGGGUAAAGUCAAAUUACCGCAGGAUACUCCUCGAGAUGGUUUGAUCUGCAAACUUGCGUACAGAGCUGAGGGUAGGAUUCCCUACAUUUGCAGAAAAGACAGAUGCGUUGAAGCGCCUGAGUACAAAGAUCGCCUUCCCGUGGGCUUUAUGCUUUGAAAAAAUAUUUUAUUUUGAUUUUUGUAUAAUUUGUGAUUUAAUUAUACUUUGUUAUGAGUUUAAUCAAUCUCGGUAUGAAUCAUCAAAAUACAAAAAAGUUAUCUUGUUGAUAAUCCUCCUGUGGAUUAAAAAAUACCUGAUUAACAAUUAGAUUAGAUUAGA